AUGCUGCGAAGACACGACUACAACAGACAACGCAACGCCCAUGUCGAUGCUGGGAAGUGUGGCGCCAUCUGGCAGGCCAACGCCAUCUCUGAUGACGUAUUGACGGUUGAUGUACAUCAGGUCAUCACGCUCCAUGCACAGCACGCCGCUCGAGCUGCAAUGGAACGGUCGAAAAGCUUCGUCGAGUUGGGUGUCUAUCCCCUUACGGAAGCCGAACGCUUGGUUAGGAAGGUUUACCAUGACCUGGUUGAAGACGAGUACCUCGGCAGCCCUGCGAUCCAGGCCAGGAUCCGUCCCCUGGAUCAGUUAUGGGUGUCCUGCCAGCUUCCCGCCUUGCCAUUCCUGGCCUAUACUCCAAGGACAAAAGAUGUCGGCACCACGCGACCCAGGACGAAGCAGGCAAAGCCUACAACAACCGUUAUGAAAGGCACCGAGGGCGGCGAGCAGACACAAACUCGGACGCAAUGA